CUCACCCUACCACCGGCUGCGAGAGAAGCGAGUAGUUCAGCUGGUCUUCGGGUCGGCUGCAGCGCGUUCCAGACUCUCCAGGGCAGCGUGCCUGGGGGUCGGCCCCGCCCGCGAGCUCAGGGCUUACAGCCACGCUCAAGCCGGCGCUCUAAGGGUGGGGCCUCGCGGCCGGAGCAGCAGCGGUCGGGUGUGCUAGGCUGGUGAUGUGAGCCGGCUGGGCGGCGCGCCGGGCCAGCCGGAGACGCGCGCCGCGUAGCUGUAAUCGGACACCCGAGCGUUCGCCCCAGCGCCGACCACUUUCCAUUCACUCGGAGGUGCUGGAUUGAGCGACGCGGAGAAGGGGCCCGGGCGCCUCGACACUGCACUGCUAAGGAUUCCUUUACAAAGAAACUCCCAGGACCGGGAAGAAAGAAUUUCACCGCUGGGACGCUCUAGAAAUUCUGGUCUUCUGGGAAAAGAACCGGAGACACGCGGAUCGAAACCCGUAGCAAAUUGAUGACUUUUUUGCGCUGAUCUCUUCCCACUUUGGAAUUUCCCCUUGGAUAAUAAAUUAUAAAGCAGAAGAAAUGGCAUUCCCAGCAAUUUGCCUGUGGGUUGGAAUAUUUGUCUGUUCUGUCUGUGUAAAAGGAUCUUCUCAGCCCCAAGCAAGAGUUUAUUUAACAUUCGAUGAACUUCGAGAAACGAAGACUUCUGAGUACUUCAGCCUAACCCACCAUCCUUUGGACUACAGGAUAUUAUUGAUGGAUGAAGAUCAGGACCGGAUAUAUGUGGGCAGCAAAGAUCACAUUCUUUCCUUGAAUAUUAACAAUAUAAGUCAGGAACCUUUGAGUGUUUUCUGGCCAGCAUCUGCAAACAAAGUCGAUGAAUGCAAAAUGGCUGGCAAGGAUCCCACACAUGGCUGUGGGAACUUUGUUCGUGUAAUCCAGGCUUUCAACCGCACUCAUCUGUAUGUCUGUGGGAGUGGUGCUUUCAGCCCCGUAUGUACUUACUUGAACAGAGGCAGGAGAUCAGAGGAUCAAGUUUUCAUGAUUGACUCCAAGUGUGAAUCUGGAAAAGGACGCUGCUCUUUCAACCCCAAUGUGAACACAGUGUCUGUUAUGAUCAAUGAGGAGCUUUUCUCUGGAAUGUAUAUUGAUUUCAUGGGGACAGAUGCUGCUAUUUUCCGAAGUUUAACCAAGAGGAAUGCAGUCCGAACCGAUCAACACAAUUCCAAAUGGCUAAGUGAACCUAUGUUUGUGGAUGCACAUGUCAUACCAGAUGGCACUGAUCCAAAUGAUGCUAAGGUAUAUUUCUUCUUCAAAGAGAAACUGACUGACAAUAACAGGAGCACAAAACAGAUUCAUUCCAUGAUUGCUAGAAUAUGCCCUAAUGACACUGGUGGGCUGCGUAGCCUUGUCAACAAAUGGACUACCUUCUUAAAAGCAAGGCUGGUGUGCUCGGUAACUGAUGAAGAUGGACCAGAAACAUACUUUGAUGAACUAGAGGAUGUGUUUCUGCUGGAAACGGAUAACCCAAGGACAACACUAAUAUAUGGCAUUUUUACAACGUCGAGCUCAGUUUUUAAAGGAUCAGCAGUGUGUGUUUAUCAUUUAUCUGAUAUCCAGACUGUAUUUAAUGGACCUUUUGCUCACAAAGAAGGACCCAAUCAUCAGCUGAUUUCCUAUCAGGGUAGAAUUCCUUAUCCUCGUCCUGGAACUUGUCCAGGAGGAGCAUUUACACCUAAUUUACGAACCACCAAGGAGUUCCCAGAUGAUGUUGUCACUUUUAUUCGGAACCAUCCUCUCAUGUACAAUUCUAUCUACCCAAUCCACAGAAGACCUCUAAUUGUUCGUAUAGGCACUGAUUAUAAGUACACAAAGAUAGCUGUGGAUAGAGUGAAUGCUGCAGAUGGUAGAUACCAUGUUCUUUUUCUUGGAACAGACCAUGGUACUGUGCAGAAGGUCGUUGUUCUUCCUGCUAACAGCUCUUCUAGUGGUGAGCUCAUUCUGGAGGAGUUGGAAGUUUUUAAGAAUCAUGCUCCUAUAACAACAAUGAAAAUUUCAUCCAAAAAGCAACAGUUGUAUGUGAGCUCUAAUGAAGGGGUUUCCCAAGUGUCACUACACCGCUGCCACAUCUAUGGCACAGCCUGCGCUGACUGCUGCCUGGCCAGGGACCCUUACUGCGCCUGGGAUGGCCAUUCUUGUUCCAGGUUCUACCCAACGGGAAAGCGGAGAAGCCGAAGACAAGAUGUGAGACAUGGAAACCCAUUGACUCAAUGCAGAGGAUUUAACCUAAAAGCAUAUAGAAAUGCAGCUGAAAUUGUUCAGUAUGGAGUAAAAAAUAACACCACUUUCCUUGAGUGUUCCCCCAAGUCUCCACAGGCAUCUAUCAAGUGGCUGCUACAGAAAGACAAAGACAGGAGGAAAGAGGUCAAGCUGAAUGAACGGAUCAUAGCCACUUCACAAGGACUCCUGAUUCGCUCCGUUCAGGAUUCUGACCAAGGACUAUAUCACUGCAUUGCAACAGAAAACAGCUUCAAGCAAACCAUAGCCAAGAUCAACUUCAAAAUUUUAGAUUCAGAGAUGGUAGCAGUCGUGACAGAUAAAUGGUCCCCAUGGACUUGGGCCAGCUCAGUGAGGGCUCUACCCUUCCACCCGAAGGACAUCAUGGGAGCAUUCAGCCACUCUGAAAUGCAGAUGAUCAAUCAGUAUUGCAAAGACACAAGACAGCAACAUCAACAGGGAGAAGACUCCCAAAAGAUGCGAGGGGACUAUGGCAAGUUAAAAGCACUCAUCAAUAGCCGGAAAAGUCGAAACAGAAGAAAUCAGUUGCCAGAGUCAUAAUGUUUUCUCACCCACGGCUUAGGCUUACUGUGACAAAUAGUCCUCUUUAAUUAUCAAAUUUAGAAUCUUAGGUUUUACCCAUGGAAACAUCCUGAGAAUAGUGGUCACUCACUCUUAAAGUGAAUAUUCAUGACCUGAAAUAAGCAUGCAUUUUUUGUAUGAUAUUGACUAGCACUAGACAUGUCAUUGUCCUCAUGGUGCAUCUAAAUAUUUAACUUAAUCCAGAUUUUAUUUAUAUCUUUCUUUACCACUUCUUCAAAGUCAAUACAGUGGCUAUAAAGUAGAAUUUUUUUAUAUUCCUUAAUUGAGCAAGGGCCAUAACCCUGGAUCUCCCUUCUUUGUUUUAGGGGUUUUGAUUUCUUAUUAUCAGCAAUUUUAUAUGUGAAAACAGAUGCCAGGUUUACAACUUUUACAUAGUAAGAGUUUUGUAAGUGCAUGUGAUACAGUAGCUGUAAGAA